UGCUACCACAGAGAUGGAGACUACAGCAUUGCGGGAAUAACUGAGACUGCAUGCCGAGUCCUUUCUUACAAAGAGACACAUUCAGGUGACGAACUUUUUUCUUUUAAGAAGGAUCAUUAGUCCUGAUGUUAAUAAUGUAUAGAAGCAGCUCAGUGCUGCAGCGGUCACUGGGUUAAAACCCGUCAACCUUGGAGAGGGCGGUGGGCUUGGACGGCCAGAACUCCUCGAAGCCGGCUGCUUCUGCAGCGGAAACCGGAUCUCACGUCCAACCUGGAGACAUUUUUUGCUGCAUUCAGGAUGAUCUGAGCGUGACUACUGGGCGCUGAGUGGAGGCAUCCCUCCUCUCUCUCUCUCUUCCUUUCUUCCUCUCCCGCCUCCCCUCUCUGUCUUUCUUCCUCUUCUUGUCGUGGGUUCAGCACAGGCUGCCCAGUCAUUUAGCCCCUUUUUUCAGCGCUGGGGAAGCUGAUAGCGAUGGGACGACUCAGUUUCAGCACCACGGAGAGCGUCCGGCUUCUGCUGCUCGCUGUGUUCGGUGUGCUGGCGCUGUCCGUGGUGCUGGCGGAGCAGGAAGGGGAGAACCUCUCCGGUCUCUCCAACAACCCAGACAAAGCCAUCUUCGCUGUCCGGGAGAACGGCACGACAUGCCUGAUGGUGGAGUUCGCCGUGAGAUUCCUCGUGCCAUAUGACGUGCUCGCGCUCAAUGGGAUAGACCUGAUCACCGAGCAGGCGGUGUUCACUCUGCCCCGUGGUGCAGAAAUCGAGGGGAAAUGUGGGAGCACGGAGUCAGAGAUCCACAUAACCUGGAAUAACAACGCCUACACCCUCCGCAUCUACUUCUCUAAGGAGUUACGUGACAAGGACAUUGAGGUGUGGAAGAUUAGCAAGGUCCAGUUCGUCUAUGACACCUCGGAGACAUCGCAUUUCAUCAACGCGUACAACCCUGGGAAGCACACAGCCAACACCCACCGCCUGUCAGCCCUGGUGACCCCGGCUGGGCAAUCGUAUGUGUGUGCUGCACAGCAGACUCUCACCCUCAUCUCAAGCGACCACCAGAAGGGCGUCACCGUCACCAUGUAUGACGUCCAGAUCCAGCCCUUCGACAUCGCCUCUGACUUCAUGUUCAGUGAACCCUACAAGUGCAUCACUGACCAGCGGGAGCGCCUGGAGGAGACCCUCCCCAUCAUUCUGGGUUUCAUUUUGGCCCUCAUAAUCAUCAUCACGGUCACUGUCUACCACUUCCACCUGAAGCUGACAGCGACCCAGCCCCAGCUGCCCAGAGAUCGCUCCAUGUACAAGAACAUGUAGCCGCUCCCUCAGCUCUCUCCAAAGCUAACCUGAUGAAAGACUUGUCUCCUUGAUGUCCCAGGCCUAACACCACAGAGGAAAGUACCAUGCGAUGGACUGAACCCCUGACAGAGAAAUGUGUGUAGCCUGUACUGAAGGCCUACUGGAACUUCUGAACAGCUACAACACAAGUUAAUGGGACAGCUUGGGGUCUAGCAUGGACAUAGAUGCAGGGUAAACCCACCAAAACCUAAUUUACCCGGCUGAAUUAAAUCUUAACGCCAUAAAUUCAUUGUCUGUAUUACAGUGAUUAGAAUUUCAAUGAAAAUAAAACAUACAUUUCUGCUGAAUGUUUGCUGAAAAUGUUAUUAAUUUCUGAUCUGUGGUUGUUUGACAUCUGAAUAUCACCAACUUGAGGUUACAGUUUACAUAUAGUUUUCCUAUAACAUCACUGGGACAGUUUAUCACUUCAGCUAUUUUUAUCCAACUUCUCUUUGAAAGAAAUUUCCAGAGCUUCUGCUGUCAUUUGCCAACUGUUUGUUGUCUUUUCCUCUCUCUCUCUCUCUCUCUCUCUCUCUCUCUCUCUCUCUCUCUCUCUCUCACUCUCUCUCUCUCUCUGUCUGUCUCUCUCUCUGUCUCUCUCUCUCUGAAAUUGCUGCUAAAUAAUUUCAAUACCUAUUGUUGGUUCUGUAUUUGCUCGUCUUGAUAUUUCUUUUGAUCAAGAAUCUCUUGUUUUAUUUUUGAAUGCAGCCAUAGUGUUUCAAAGUGGACAAGUCUUGUAGUGUGUGCAGUGCAGUGGCAUUCAGAGUUGCAAUGUUUUUGCUUUGACUUCUCCACACCAAUGUAUGGAACAUAUCAAAAAAAAGGGAAGAAAUACAUAAACAUCUGACAGAAUUCUGUACUAAAUAGUGAAGAAUUUAUCAGAAUGCCAUAUGAGUGUGUUUGUGAAAAGAGAGGUUAUUAAAUAAAAAAUAAUAAUAUGUGUAUAAUAUUUUCAGAAUCAAAGUCUAUGCAUAAACCUCUGCUGAUGCAAUCUUGUGCAGUAUUCCUCUGUUCAUUGAAAUAAAUUGCUGGAAUCAUCUCUA